AUCUACGAUGACUGUCCUCGUGGUAAGUCGGCUCUACCGGCCGCUUCUCUCGGUAGCAGCGACCAUCUCAGCUAACCUGGGUGCAGGGGAGAAGCCUGGCAACGGCUGGCGCGAGGCGUAGCUGGCGGGGGCUCGCAGUGAAGCCAUGCGCAAGUCGACAAUGUCGUCAGGCGUAUUGCACAACGCCGGUGCGGAGACAGAAUGCGUUCCACUCCAAGAUGGAGGAUCAAGCAGCGCUACCGUUCGCCGCACCGUCUGCCCGAGUCGAAAAUCCGCAAACCUUGACCGAGAAAAUCGUGCAGAGAUAUUCGAUUGGGCUUCCGCCGGGCAAGAAGGUCAAGGCCGGCGACUUUGUCUCCAUCGCGCCAGCGCAAUGCAUGACCCACGACAACUCUUGGCCCGUGGUAACGAAGUUCACAUCUAUCGGCGCCACCAAGAUCCACAACAACCGGCAAAUAGUCAUUACCUUGGAUCACGAUGUGCAAAAUACGAGCGAGAGCAAUCUCAAGAAAUACAGAAACAUCGAAAACUUUGCCCGGCAACAUGGGGUUGAUUUUUAUCCCGCUGGUCGAGGAAUUGGCCACCAGAUCAUGAUUGAGGAGGGCUAUGCGUGGCCAGGGACGCUCACGGUGGCCUCAGACUCGCACUCAAACAUGUAUGGAGGAGUUUCUGCGGUGGGAACACCAGUCGUGCGGACGGAUGCUGCGAGCAUCUGGGCGACUGGACAGACGUGGUGGCAGAUUCCCCCUAUCGCGAAGGUCACCUUUACUGGCUUACUGCCGCAAGGCGUCACAGGCAAGGACGUUAUUAUCGCACUAUGCGGGUUAUUCAACCAGGAUGAGGUGUUGAACCAUGCCAUCGAAUUCACAGGCUCGGAACUCACGCUCAGCAGCCUCCCGAUCGACGAUAGGCUCACUAUCUCAAACAUGACUACCGAGUGGGGGGCUGUAGCUGGUCUUUUCCCAAUAGACGCUACACUGCAAGCCUGGCUACGCGCUAAGGCAACGGCGUCGGCUAUAUUGAACCCAGAUCUUGGCGGCAAGGCUCGAAUCACGCACGACAAGGUAGAGGAACUCUUUCGAGAUCCUCUAAGGCCGGAUCCAGGAGCGACUUACGCCAAGUCUCUAUACCUCAACUUGUCUACGCUAUCGCCCUUUGUCUCUGGCCCCAACUCAGUCAAGGUAGUCACGCCGGUCAAGGACCUAGAGGCACAACGCAUAAAAAUCAACAAGGCUUAUCUCGUCUCGUGUACCAACUCGCGCGCCUCAGACAUUGCUGCCGCCGCAAACGUCUUCAGAGAAGCGGCCAAGGGUGGCCCCAUUCCCAAGAUUGCGCCCGGCGUGGAGUUCUAUAUCUCGGCCGCUUCCCUACCGGAGCAAGAGAUUGCGGAACAGUCUGGAGACUGGCGCGUCCUGCUUGACGCCGGUUGCAUCGAAAACCCUGCAUCAUGUAAUGCGUGCAUCGGGCUCGGUCGCGGUCUUUUACAGCCCGGAGACGUCGGUAUUAGCGCCUCCAACCGCAACUGGAACGGGCGCAUGGGGAGCACGUUGGCGAAGGCCUACUUAGCCAGCCCUGAAGUCGUUGCCGCAAGCGCGCUAAAGGGGGAAAUAGCCGGGCCCGGCUGGUACCAGAAGCCCGAGGGUGUCGAGAAGGUCAUCAUCGGCGAGGGUAACGGCGAUGCCGAGGCGGACCGAGCGGUGAGCGUCGUCGAUGCGCUGGAGAGUCUCGUGGCAGAAGCUGAGAGUCUGAUCUCCUCAGCCGAGAAGAGCUUUGAGAGCAGCCCAGUCGCUGCUACAGGUGCUGUUGGCAAUGCCAUAAUGGAUGCUACCGUAAACUCGGCUGCAGACCAGACUGGCGAGACCCUUGUUGAGGUCCUCCCGGGCUUCCCUGAGAAAGUAUCGGGCGAGAUCGUCUUUUGCGACGCCGACAACAUCAACACAGACGGCAUCUACCCGGGCAAGUACACCUACCAGGAUGACAUUACGCGCGACGUCAUGGCGCAGGUGGUCAUGGAGAACUACGACCCCUCCUUCUCAUCCCUAGCCCAACCUGGCGACAUACUAGUGGCGGGCUUUAAUUUUGGAUGCGGCAGCUCGCGCGAGCAGGCGGCUACGGCGAUCGUUGCGAAGGGGAUCCCGCUCGUGGUGGCAGGGAGCUUUGGAAACAUAUUCAGCAGGAAUAGCAUCAACAAUGCGCUCAUGGGGGUGGAGGUGCCGAGGCUGGUGAGGCGGCUGAGGGAGGAGUUUGGUGGCAGCGAAAAAGUGCCGACAAGGCGGACGGGGUGGAGGUUUGAGUGGGAUGUGCGGAGGAGUAAGGUCACGGUCACUGAGGGCGAGGGCGGAGAGACAUGGAGCCAGAAGGUUGGGGAGCUGCCGCCCAAUGUGCAGGAGAUUAUUGCGAUGGGAGGCUUGGAAAAGUGGGUGAAGUAUCAGAUCUCUAGGGCAUGAGUCGCAUUGGAAAAUAGGGAGACAACCAUAUUGGGGUCAAAUUAUAGACUAGAAUGCUGCCCGAAUCUUGCCCUCGCCCAUUUCCUUCUUCGUGAGAGGGCCGGUGCUGCUGCUGCUUUAACCUGUGCAGUGUGUGUGUGCGGUG